AUGAAUCAAGAACUAAACAAACUAAGUAAUCAAGUAGCUAAGACUUUAAAAUUAGUAGAUGAGAAAGUAAUCAAGAGCAAUAUUAUAGAUUGGAAUCAAAUUAAAAGAACUCCUCAAAUUAUAAGAAGAAAAAUUAAUCUAAAUGAUAAAUCAUAUACUGUAGAUGAAGAAUUUGAUACUUUACAAGAUCAAUUUAAAACCCAAGAAGAGUCGCUAAAAAGAUUAAUUAACUACUUAAAACAUAUGAAUGAAUCAAUGUCUGAUUUAUUAAAGGAUUCUAUAUCAAUUGGUGAUUCAUUUAGUUUAUUAAUUAAUCCAUUUUGUGAUUUUAAUCAUACUCAUGAAACAUUUGAAGAAAAACAUAAUAAAUGGAAUAAUAUGAUGAAAUAUAAAAACUUGAUAUCUAAAAUUGAUAUUGGUUCUGAAAUUGAUGAAUUUAUUCAUUAUAAUGUAAACAAAUUGGAAGGUGUUUUAGAAAUGUUUAAGAUUAUUCAUCAAAAAUUAAGAGAAAGAAACAAUAGUCUUAUUGAUUAUGACAACUUAUGUAAUAAUUAUGAUUCAUUAUUGUUUAAACAACAAGCUAAUGAGUUAUCUUUAAAACAAAACAAUACUUUAUAUUCUACAAAAAGAAAAAUGGAAGAUUAUAAACACAAAUAUGAUAUUGUAAAUAAUACAUUAAAAAAUGAAUUACCACAAGUUUGUGAAUAUGUGAAACAAAUUUUGGGGUAUGUUCAAGUAGACGUUUAUUUUUUAAAUUUAAGAUAUAAUUAUGUUACUUUAAAACAAUUAAUAUCAUUUAAUAAACACAAUGAAAGUACAGAAACAAUAAUUAAAAACUUUACUGAUAAAAACAAUCAUUUAUAUUCUAAAAUAGAAGAAUUAGGUAUUAUAAAUUAUGAAAAAAAAGAGAUUUCAAAAUUACAAACUAAAGAACAAGAAUUAAAUUUUUGUUUUGCUUUAUAUGAUUAUCAAACUAAUAAUUUAGAACAUCUUUCAUUUAGUAAAGGUAAUAGAAUUAAAAUCUUAUCAAAAGAUGGUGAUUGGUGGGAAGGUGAACUAGGUAAUAGAAGGGGGAAAUUACCAUCUAAUUAUGUUACACUUGAAUGA